CUCGAUCGAUGAACAUCGGUGCAUCAAGUGGAAGCUCUGGCCAUCUCCAUCUGAGACCGCUGUUGUCCCAACAUGAGGCCAAGGGUCCUGCUCGCUGUGUUGCUGCUCAUCGGCCUAGGCCUUGUGCUGGCUCAGGAGGCCCGCACCCCAACCCAUAAGGCCCGAACUGGGCGGGGCCAAUUGAGGCGGCGUGGAAGAAAAGGGUCAACGCGCCAACGGGGAGCUGAUGUACCCAUUCGCCUCAAGACACUGCUCCUGAAUGAUGAAGACCAUACUGGUGCUUCCAUCUUCAUUGACUCUUACAGGACUGUCCAGGAAAUGGAAUCGAGCUACAACGUCCUACCAGGCAAGAAAGGAGCUUGCCAGUACCGGGGUAUCGCCAUGUUUGACAAGGCCGUCUGGUCCCCCAAGCCCUGCAUCACCUGCUUGUGUACCAGUGGGAAGGUGGUCUGCGAUGAGUUCACAUGCCCUCGACUUCACUGCCCAAUCACCAUUAGACUCCCUGGGGAGUGCUGCCCCGUCUGCACGGAACUUGUCCCUGAUGUUCCCGAAAUCUCUGGCGAUUCCCCAGUGCCCAAUGACCCUGGUGAGCCUGAUGAGACAGAGGUGGGCGCUCCUCAAAGCCAAGAAGAACUUGACGAGUUGCUGAGGAAGGAGGAGGAGGAUCGCCGUGAAGAAGAAGACAGGCUAAAGAAAAAAGACGAAGAGCGCAGGCGCAGACGGAAGGAGAAGAAGCUGGAGGUUGAAAGACAGAGGAAGCUCCUUGAGGAGGCAGAACGACAGGAGAAAGAGGAAGAGGAAAAGCGCAAGCAGGAGGAGGAGAAAGUGCGUGAAGAAGAGGAGAGGCUGCAAGAGGAGGUGGAGGAGGUGACAGCAGUGGAGAAAGAGAGGCAGCAGAUGGAAGAAGAACAAAGACGGGAGGAUGAGAGAAGGUUAAUGCAGGAGGUGGAGCAGAGGAACCUGCUGAGAUCAUUGGAAGAGGCACUAGAGAGCAACAGCGAAGACACGGAGGAAAAGGAGGAGGAGGAGGAAGUCAGGCUAAGAGGUGAUGUCUUUGAGAUGCUCCCAGAGCCCUCUGUUGAAGUCCAGGUCUUGCCUGUGCCAGCCCCCCAUGAAGAGGACACGAUGCGCACUGGCCCCUCACUUCCCACGGGGUGUGUCAUCUCUGACAUUGCGGUCAUCUGUGAAAAUGCCAAGCUGACCAGCAUCCCACCCCUGUCCAUCCCUGAGCUAAAAGAACUCAGUCUGGAAGGGAAUGCCAUAACGACAGUCCCAGUAGGGGCCUUCAAUGGCAUCCCUAAUCUGGAGCGGAUCAACCUGGGCAAGAACAAGCUCACAUCUGCAGGCCUGGCUCCACAAGCAUUCAAAAAUCUGAAGCGGCUACAGCGGCUGUACUUGGAUGGGAACCUUCUGGAGCAGAUCCCAACUGAUCUGCCCCCCAGUUUAGAGGAGCUAAAGCUCAAUGAAAACAAGCUACAUGGGAUUGAUGAAGGCAUCUUGGAAGACCUGACCAGCUUGGUCACACUGGAGCUGGAAGGGAACAUGCUGAGUGAGGGGACUGUGGACCCCUCUGCCUUCCACAGCCUCAGACAGCUCUCAUACCUGCGGCUUGGCAGGAACCACUUCCGCACCAUCCCGCAGGGCCUGCCCCCUGCUCUGCUGGAGAUAUAUCUGGAAAACAACCUAAUUGAAGAAAUAUCCGAAACUGCAUUUAAUCAAACAACAAACCUCAACAUAGUCGUGCUCAGGAACAACAAGUUAGACGAAUCAAGAAUCGCCCCCUUGGCAUGGAUUAAUCACAGGAACCUAGAAUCCAUUGACCUGUCACACAACAAGCUCUACCAGGUUCCCUCCUUCCUACCACGGUCCCUUGUUCACCUGGUUCUGGUUGGGAACCAGAUUGAGAGAAUUCCAGGCUACGUGUUUGCACACAUGGAUCCCGGCAUCGAGUACCUGUACCUAUCCUUCAACAAGCUGGACAACGAGGGAAUUGACCCAGUCUCUUUCUUUGGGGCCUUUCACUCCAUGAUUGAGUUGUUCUUGGAUCACAACCAGCUCACCAGUGUGCCACUGGGAAUCAGUGAGAUGCGCUCACUGCAUUUUCUCAGGCUCAAUGACAACAAAAUAAGCAAUUUUGAAGAAGAAUCCAUCUGUGACCCCCUAAAGAAUGAAGACUCACACCUAGUGAUGUUGCGUUUGGAGAAUAACUUCAUUGACACACGGAAGAUGUCCCCCACCGCAUUCUCCUGCAUCAUAUCCUAUUCAAGUGUGGUACUAAAACCCCAGAAGAUCAAAUAGCAACUGCUUCUCCUUUGUGAUCACAGUCCCAACAAAUGUAAAGCAAGUUUCCUGCACCUCACCAAAAAAAAAAAAAAAAGGGCAAAAACUGUAAACAAAACAAAUGUAGCACAUAAAAAUUCAUUUAUAAUCAAAGAUUACACAUUGAAAGAAUGUAUACAAUUGUUUUAACAGACAUCUGUAAAGAAACACACAGUAUGCAACAACCACAUUUCCUUUUUUCAAAAUGAAACACCUUCAUGGAAAUGGGUCAAAAUAUCAAGAAAACUGAUCUGUGGUGUAAGAUGUUUUCUACUAUGAAAAAGUUUUAGGGCAGUACUUAUAAGGGAAUAUACACCAAUUUUAUGAAAACAGACAUGUAACGAGGAAAAAAGUUGUAGAAUAUUUUGCAGUGCAGAGGGGAUCCAUGCAUGCUCAGUCCUGUUCCUUUGCUUUCCAAACAGAAGCCUGCUGCUGCAGUGAGCAGCUAUUUUCCCACUUGCAUGUUUAAUGAACUAAGAGUUUUUUCCUGGCGAGUGCUGCAGCGCCCACAGAUGCCCUCUGGAAUGCACAGCUCUCCUUCAGCAACCGUUCAGCAUGGGGAUCCAACAAAGUGGAUGGGUCAGCAGUACAGACAUUGCCGCAGAGGCAAACCAAGGCUACAGGUGCUUUUCGCUAAUGCCGUAUACAGGGACCACAGUGCACGGCCACCUCCAGUCAGUAUUGUGUUUCUGGAUAAAUCACAAGCAUCUUAAGUGAUCGCUUAAAAGAGCUUAAAUGAUCAUUUACAAGUUAAACAAUUAAACUGAAAUACUUUUUCCAUGUUUUCACCAUUCUUUCUAUAAAAAAAAGGAGCUGGUUCUUUAAAUAUCAGUAGCAUUAGAAAUAUUAAUGCUGUUGCUCAGACAGAUUUCAGUGUUAAACCUGCGCUUCACGGGUAGCUGAAUGACCUAGACAAUAGUCACAGAAGCAACUGGCAUCUUUUCUAUAUGGGUAAUGAGAUAAAACUUCAUGUGAUGGUGCAGCAAAAUGGCACCUACUGAAAAUCAUUUGUAACUCAUGCCAACCAAUAUGGCAAAAUGGUCAAUGUUUGUAGUUUUACAUAAUUUUUAUUGAAUAUAUUGAUAUUUUCAGCAUUUAUUAACCACUUGUAUUAGGC